AUGCACGCCCCCGGCCGUCGGCCCUGGGGCCCUGCCCGGCAGGCGCCCGGCGCCGACCCCGCCAUGGAGCCCCGCGCGGGGCUGCACAGCAGCCCGGACCUCAGCCGGGCCAAGCGGCUGAGCGUGGGGGAGCUCCGCUCCCUCUUCGAGGCUCGCUGCGCCGCCGUCGCCGCCGCCGCCGCCCGGCAGCUGCCCGACCCGGCGAAGAGGGGCUGCCGGCCCCCCAACGGGGUGCUGCCGCCCGUCAUCCCCCGGCUCACCGUCACCGCCGAGGAGAGCGAGGAGGCGCAGGGCAGCCCCCAGGCGCAGCCGCCGCACCUGGAGAGCGGCUGGCUGAGGACGGACAGCUCGCUGCACCUGCAGUCCCGCAGGCUGUCCACCUCCUCGCUCUCCUCCACCGGCUCCUCGUCCCUCCUGGAGGACUCGGAGGACGACGUGCUGAGCGACACGGAGGGCAGGAGCCAGGGCAUCGUGCACCUGGAGCACGGCGAGGACACCAACCAGAAAAAAGCAUGGCAUACAAUUAAAACCAUGGUUAAUCUACCAGUCAUCAGCCCCUUCAAGAAACGCUACUCAUGGGUGCAGCUGGCUGGGCAUACAGGGAGUUUCAAGGCAGCUGAUAGUGGGAAGAUUCUCAAACGCUUCUCAGAGAAUGAAAAGGAGUGUUUUGAGCGAUUGAUGAAAGACCCACUACGCUCCUGCGUCCCUUGCUUCCAUGGUGUGGUGGAGAGAGAUGGCGAGAGCUACAUUCAGCUGGAUGACUUGCUUACUGAUUUUGAAGGGCCUUGUGUGAUGGACUGCAAGAUGGGGAUCAGGACAUACCUGGAGGAAGAGUUGACUAAGGCCCGUGAGAAACCAAAGCUGCGUAAAGACAUGUACAAGAAAAUGAUUGAAGUGGAUCCUCUUGCUCCCACAGCUGAAGAGAAUGCCCAGCAUGCUGUCACCAAACCCCGAUACAUGCAGUGGAGGGAAACCAUCAGCUCUAGUGCCAACCUGGGCUUCAGGAUUGAAGGGAUUAAGAAGGCGGAUGGAACAUGUAACACAAACUUCAAAACUACGAAGACACAGGAGCAAGUUCUACAGGUUUUUGUGGAAUUCAUUGAGGGCAACACGACUAUUCUGAAAAAAUACCUCAAGCGUCUGCAGGAAAUUCAUAUCAUUCUUGAAUCCUCAGACUUCUUCAAGCGACAUGAGGUCGUUGGAAGUUCACUACUUUUUGUACAUGAUGGCAGUGGGAAUGCCAAUGUGUGGCUGAUCGAUUUUGGAAAGACCACCCUUCUCCCUGAUGGGCAGACACUGGAUCACAGGAUCCCCUGGCAAGAAGGCAACAGGGAGGAUGGGUACUUGUUGGGGUUGGACAAUUUGAUUGGCAUCUUGGAAAGCAUCACUGAAAGAUGAGUUGAGAAUGACACGAAA